AGGCCAAGGCGAGGCAUAACAUCACCCUCCUCUGGGACAGGGAGGUCAUGGAUGUUCUGGCUGAUGGCUACAACUUGCACUAUGGGGCCCGUUCCAUCAAACACGAGGUGGAGCGGCGCGUGGUCAACCAACUGGCGGCCGCCUACGAGCAGGAGCUGCUGCCCCGGGGCUGCACCUUGAGGAUCACGGUGGAGGACUCGGACAAGCAGCUGCUGAAAAGCCAGGAGGGCUCUUCCCCGGCGGCCGAGAAAACCAAAGCCCCCACCUUGAGGCUGGAGAUCGUGGAGAAAGACAGCAAAUCCCGAAAACUGGACAUCCAGGCUCCUCUCAACCCCGAGAACAUCUCUUACUUCUUGUAGGCACCUUCCCCUCGGAGCCUGGGGGCAAGGAGGGGUGACAAUUGAGUGGCCAGAGCCUCGGGAAUGUGCCCCGUGGCCACCUGGGUGAGGGAUGGAAGGGACAGAGCCUGGAGCUGCCCCAUUUGUCCACCCCAUCUUCCUCCGAGGUGGUGGUGGGGGCAGGUUAUGGUGGUCUCAGGGGGGUUGGAGGUGCCACGUUCUGUUUGGGGACAUCCAGGUGCAGG